CGCCUUGCACGCUGGGAGCUACCAGUCACUUUUCUCCGUCAUGGCGGCCCGUGUCCUGCAGCAGUGUGUCCGCUCGCUCGCCCGGCCCUCGCUGAGGCUGUGCUCCGGUAACCUGGCAGUCAGAGCCGCUGCCGCACCGGCAGCUGCCAUUCACCGACCUCUCUCCUUUGCCGCAGACAGUCGGAGGACGCGGUGGCUCGAACAGAGCCGGAUCUCCUCGGUGGGUGUCUUGUGCCGACAGUACGGAGACCUGCCCCCCCUCACCCUAGAGACCAUCAAAGAACGCGUCAUGUAUGUGCUCAAGCUCUACGAUAAGAUCAAUCCUGAGAAGCUUCAGACAUCCUCCCAUUUCAUGAAAGAUUUGGGUCUGGACAGCUUGGACCAGGUGGAGAUCAUCAUGGCCAUGGAGGAUGAGUUUGGUUUUGAGAUCCCAGAUGCAGAAGCAGAGAAGUUGAUGACUCCUGAGGAGAUUGUACAGUACAUCGCAGACAAGAAGGAUGUUUAUGAAUAAUCUGUUCCGUAGUCCAACACAGGGAGAGGUUGACCUCAGCGUGAUCCACACAGGAAGUACUUGUGAAGCAGAUGGGAGCCAAAACAUUUUCCACGUCCUCUCCGUCAGCUCUUCUGUCUAUUACGGCAUUGUGCUGCCGUGUCUUGUGUUUAACUGUAUUUAAAUGAACAUGUGCUUUGGGAGCUUGGAGAUUAAACAAAAUAUUAAACAAGGUUCUAUCACA